AGCAGAAGUGUUUCGUUCAUAAGCACAGUGUCUUUUACUAACAUACACAGCAGCACCACAGGACCUAGAAUAUGGCUUGUCUGAAAUUUAAAAAAAGAGAGAGAACUCUUCUGUAGGUUGUCUUAAUUACUGCUUUGCACUGCAACUGAGCAUGACUAUGAUUUUUGGCACAUAGUAUCAUAUUCAAAGUUCCCAAAAUAAAAUACUACAGGAUAUCCCAAAACCCCCUAGGAAACUUUAUAAAGGGAUUUGUACGCUUGAGAGGAUGUCUUUUCUGAUGAAGACAAAUGAUGCAGCAAGGAUGAUUAAAGAAAAAGGAAUUCUGUUCAGCAGAUAAUUAGGUUCUUUAAAUAGGUACAAGAAAAACCACUCCACCAAUUUUAGUGUUAGAAAACGUUUGCUAGAAAUUUAGUUUUGAUAGUAAAGGGUUUUAUCGCUAUAUGUUUGAGUAGCUAAAAUAUCUGUUCAGCACUAUUGUGAAAUAUUCAUGUUCUGAACAGAUAAAAGAGAUUAUGAAGCGAUUGGUUCAUACAGAUUUUGCAGACAGCAAGAGCUGUAAAUAAAGUAGUCACUGUUUGUCAUCCCAAGUCCUGGUCAGAGGAAAAUUUAAGACAGCCAGUGUUUCUUGUGUGUGUUUUUUCUUUUUGAGAUAGAGUGUGGGCUAGGAAAUGGUUCAUGACAGGAACUUUAAGUUGUAAAUAAGAAAGUGACAGAAAAGACAGAGCUUAUAAAGAGGGUUUGUGACUAGCUGAAAUGCUGGCAAACCAGCAGUAAAAAGAAAACAAGAUUUCUUCUAGAGUGCGUUCUAAAAUCAUUCUAAUGGAAGGAGAGGCAAUGGGGAAUUCGGCGCCAGUCGCAAAGAGGACUGCCAGCAAAGCCAUUCGGAUUGCCCUUGGCGUACUCAUAAGUGGUAUUAUAGUGCUUGGCAUUGCACUUUUUCUAGUUAGCCAAGGUCUUAUAAACCUUCAUCCUAAGCAACAGUAUUGCUUGACUUCAGAAUGCGUUGAAGCUGCUGCCUCCAUCUUAAGUAAAAUAAACCAGUCUGUGGAUCCCUGUGAGAAUUUUUUUCGGUUUGCCUGUGAUGGCUGGACAUCUAAUAAUCCCAUUCCUGAAGACUCGUCAAACUAUGGAGUUUAUCCUUGGCUGAGGCACAAUGUGGACCUCAAGUUGAAAGCACUGCUACAGAAACCUAUCAGCAAGAGACGGGACAGUGAAGCUGUACAGAAAGCCAAAAUCCUUUACUCAUCGUGUAUGAAUGAGAAUAAAAUUGAAAAAGUGGAUGCAAAGCCACUAUUAAAUAUACUGAAGAAUUCGCUGUUCCGUUGGCCUGUGCUGGAAUCUAACAUUGGACCUGAAGGACAAUGGUCAGAAAGGAAGUUCAGCAUGCUCCAGACCCUUGCAAGUUUUCGUGGCCAGUAUAGUAACUCGGUCUUCAUCCGUUUGUAUGUGGCUCCUGAUGACAAAACCUCCAAUAAACACAUCUUAAAGCUGGACCAAGCAACCCUGUCUCUAACAGCACGGGAAGAUUACCUUGAUAAUACCACAGAAGCUAAAUCUUACAGAGAAGCCUUUUUGCAGUUCAUGGUUGAUACUGCAGUGCUUUUGGGUGCUAAUGCCUCACGGGCAGAGUCUGAUAUGAAGUUAGUUCUGAAACUGGAAAUUAAAAUAGCUGAGAUAAUGAUUCCACAGGAGAAUCGAACCAGUGAGACUAUGUACAAUAAAAUGAACUUAUCUGAACUUAGCACCAUGAUCCCUCAGUUUGACUGGCUGGGAUACAUCAAGAAGGUGAUUGACACUAAACUCUACCCUCACCUUAACAAUAUAGGUCCUUCAGAAAAUGUGAUUGUCCGUGCACCCCAGUACUUCAAAGAUUUGUUCAGGAUACUAGAAAAAGAAAGGAAAAAGACUAUUGCCAACUAUCUGGUAUGGAGGAUGGUUUAUUCAAGAAUAUUUAACCUCAGCCGACGUUUUCAGUAUAGGUGGCUGGAAUUUUCUCGGGUAAUCCAGGGAACCACAUCUUUACUGCCUCAGUGGGAUAAAUGUGUAAACUUUAUAGAAGGAGCACUCCCUUAUGUCCUUGGCAGGAUGUUUGUGGAUGUCCAUUUUCAAGAAGACAAGAGAGAAAUGAUGGCGGAGUUGACUGAAGGGAUUCGCUGGGCUUUUAUCGACAUCUUGGAAAAGGAAAAUGACUGGAUGGAUGCAAGAACAAAAAGGAAAGCUAAUGAAAAGGCAAAAGCGGUUUUGGCAAAAGUGGGUUACCCUGAGUUUAUAAUGAAUGACACGUAUAUUAAUGAAGACAUCAAAACAAUGAAGUUUUCAGAAAAUGACUAUUUUGGCAACGUAUUGCAGACCCGCAAAUAUCUGGCCCAGUCUGACUUCUACUGGCUUAGAAAAGAAGUUCCAAAAACAGAGUGGUUUACUAGUCCAACCACUGUCAACGCUUUCUAUAGUGCAUCGACCAACCAGAUCAGAUUCCCAGCAGGAGAACUCCAAAAGCCUUUCUUUUGGGGGACGGAAUAUCCUAGGUCUUUAAGUUAUGGUGCCAUUGGAGUAAUUGUUGGGCAUGAGUUUACCCAUGGAUUUGAUAAUAAUGGUCGUAAGUAUGACAAGAAUGGAAAUUUAGAUCCCUGGUGGUCCACUGACUCUGAAGAAAAAUUCAAAGAGAAGACAAAAUGCAUGAUUAACCAGUACAAUAACUAUUACUGGAAGAGAGCUGGCUUAAAUAUAAAAGGGAAGAGGACUUUGGCAGAAAACAUUGCAGACAAUGGAGGUUUGCGAGAGGCUUUCAGGGCCUAUAGGAAGUGGAUUGAAGAAAAGAGACAAGGAGCAGAGGAGGCUUUGUUACCAGGCAUUGAAUUCACCCACAAUCAGCUCUUCUUUCUCAGUUACGCUCAUGUGAGAUGCAACUCCUUCAGACCAGAGUCUGCAAGAGAGCAAAUCCAUACUGGAGUUCACAGCCCUCCUCAAUUCAGAGUUAUUGGUGCAAUGAGCAACUUCGAGGAGUUCCGUAAAGCUUUCAAUUGCCCAGUAAAUUCAACCAUGAAUAGAGGUUCAGAAUCCUGUCGGUUAUGGUAGAUGGUCUUUUUAAAUCCAGUGCCAAGAGGUUUUUUUUAUAUAUAUAUAUAUAAACUGCUGUUUCUGAACUUUAACCCACUGCUACAGCUUCAGAGCAACAUUCAGCAAUAUAGAGAGGUUUUAUUUUUUUAAUGCAUCUUCAUCAUCUGGGUGGGUGACCUGCACAGAUCUAAUCAUUGUCUGUUUAUGGUUUGGAAGCCUUAAACAUUGGACAAGAGAAAGGAGAGGAUUCAGGAAAAAAAUUGACACUCCAUGAUUGGAUUGCUGUUGAUGGAUUGCUGCCGUUACUCAUUCCACUUCCUGAUUUAUAGUUUAGCAAGAGGAAAAUGGUAGAAUCCAAUUGUAAUCUAUUGCUUUGCAGGAGGGCUGAGCAAAAUGUUCCCAUACAAAAUUCAGUCCUUCCAGAUUUGUUUAGUUCACGAGAACUGCUACAUAGCCAGCGCUGAUCUCCUGUGCAAUACAGCAUUUUGAUAACAUACGGUGUUAUUGCAUAGCAUGCCAUAAAUGAUUUUGCAUGAUGUUAAGACACUAGAUUUUAUAUCAAUUCAAUUUAAGAAGUCAGAUCAAUGCCUGAGGUUGGAAUAGCUCUUCAUUGUUUCCACCUGCACUGACUAAACACAAAGAUUACUUGUCAAAUCCUGGGCAUUCUUCAUGAGUGCCUUAAUAGCACCAUAUGGCGAAAAUCUACUAGUGGAAAUGGGGCUAGAGCAGGGAAUCCCUGUCACUGGGAAACACUAGAAUAAUUGCAUUAUUAUGUGUAGUCUUGAUUCCUGUUCCUAACAGGCACACAUUUACACACACGGGGUGUAUGUCACCCUUGUAUACAGGGCCUGAACAAGGAAGCUGCACCAUUCACACCUCAUGAAAGCUCCACACACUAUCUAAGUCCCACUUGAGCGCUAUGAGCUAGGGUUUAAUGAGAUGUAAGUGGUACUCCGUGCUAGCGCUAGGCAUUAGCGGACUAACCAAUUGAUCAGGGCCUCGAGCAGCUCAAGAGGGCCCCUUAUUCACUUUAGUAGUAUGCGGUGUGUGUGUUGGAGGGCGGGGGUAGGGAAUAUUCCUGCUUAGGGUCCCCAACCAGAGGGAGGGAUAACUUAGUGGGUUGAGCAUUGGCCUGCUAAACCCAGGGUUGUGAGUUCAAUCCUUGAGGGGGACAUUUAGGGAUCUGAGGCAAAAAUUGGGGAUUGGUCCUGCUUUGAGCAGGGGGUUGGACUAGAUGACCUCCUGAGGUCCCUUCCGACAGUGAUAGUCUAUGAAUGGGCUAUCACCACUUCUGCGUGUACUGGCCCUGUACACAGAGGUGAAAUCCACCUGUAUCCAUUAGGAAAGGGGGAGAAGAGACUCAAGAACUUAGCAUCUACAAUGUUUGGCCUGUUUGCCUCACAAGAGAUAUUCAGAUGCAGAUAACUUUCCAGAUGUGGUAUGUAAUCAGGCAAUUAAGUCCUUCAUCUGAUUUCCAUUGAUAAUGUUCAUAAAAGCAUGUUUUCUAUUGUGGUAAGCUUUAUUAUGAAGUAGUUAGGAAAGAAAAGCAAACAAAAAUAAUCUCUUGCCCAAGGAAAUAUAUAGAAGUGGGUUUUAGGUACACUGUACAGCGCUUAACUGAUUUUUACAUAGAAGAAUAAUUUCACACUGACAGAAGUUUUACUGUAGUAGUUUAAAAAAAAUCUUCCCCUUUAAAUGGUUUGGCUUUUAAAAGAAUAUUAUCAGUAUAAAAACAGGGGGUAGAGGUUACUGAGUAAGGCUGAUUUAAAUUUUUCCAGCAAAAACGGCUUUAGUCAAAAUCCAAUUUUUUAUUGAAUACAAUUUUUCAUUACAGUUGUCUUGUUUUCCGUGCCUCUUAUGAAAGGGGGUGAUACACCGGGGAAAUGUAGUCUGCCCACGAAGCCCAGUCUAUAGAGGAAAAUGGGGGCAUGAGGGACCAGAACUAUGUCUCCCAUGCGGCACUGCAACAGUAUUUCUGAAUCAAAAUAAUUUUUGGGGACAAAAUAUUUCACUAAAAAGUCAAUUUUCUUCAGGAAGCAAAAACCAGUUGCCAACUACCUCUGAGUUCCAUGCCACUGAAGUGCACAGUAGUAAUUUUUUUUCCUGAAGUUAUUUGCCAAAGAUGUCAUUAAGAUGGCCAGUAUUUCUUAUAGGGCCUUUAAUUGCAGAAAUCAGGACUCCUUGUUUGAGUAAGUCCUAUUGAAUUACAUGGAACUACAUGCAUGAUAGAGUUGCUGUUAAGUUACGGUUUUAGUAAAUUGACGGUCGAACACAUUCAUGCUCAGGACACGAAUAUUGACAUUAUUCAAGUUCACUUUGAAUAAGCAGCUUAAAGUUCAGGGGUGAAAUCUUGGCCCCAUUGAAGUCAGUAGGAGUUUUGACACUUACAUAAAUGGGGCCAGGAUUUCACCCCAGAGGCUUAUCUCUCGAGUAUGCAAAAACAGUUUUGCAACAGUCGGUUUUCUUUGCUGCUGGGGAGUCUGGUAAAUUUCUUUUGUUUGCCUAAUGCUCUCAGGAAAGCAGAACAAAAUAAUGAAACGCAUUCUUAGACAUAUGUUAACCAAAGAUAAUUAAAAUCAUAAUAAUGCCUCAUGAAGUCUCUUCUCACUACCACUAUCUGAGUAGUGCCUUUUAUAGCUCUGAUCUGCUUUCCUAUUGUGCCUGUGUAUCACCAGUGUCUUGCUAUAACAAGUGUAAUAUUGUCAGUCCACCAACUAUGUCUAUCCUGCCAAAUGACUUUAUCAAACAUAUUUAGCUCCUGCAGCUUCUAAAUUGCACUUCUGGGUAAGUUUUCGGAGAAUAUUGAAAAAUCGGUGCAUUUCUCUCACCAACAGAUGUUACUAUACUUUCCAGUGCUGGGAAGGAUGGAAGAGGUCCUAUUAGUGUUCUUUUUACUUUAAAUGAAUAUCAUUCUUAAUAUGUUUGUUCGUCCAAUGUUCAAACAUUAGGCUCCAGGUCGGGAUAAGUGGAAAAAAUUGCCAUGUACAAUGCACAUGCGGAAUGUUUUGUAAUGUGUGAAUUUGAAGAGAUUUUCUUUUGUUCCAUGAAAAACAAAAACAAACAUUUUUUUGCAAGUGCACAUUUGGGCUGUGAUCUUUGAAAAGAAUUAGUCCCUGAUCUUGCAAAGACUUGUGCACACCUUAAAUUUUACAUACACUGAGUAGUUCUAUUGAUCUCUCUGGGAUUACUCAGUGUGCAAAGUGAUGCAUGCGCAUUGGCCUUUGCAGGAGCAGGGUGUUAUGUGCACGAGUAGCAUCACACAUGAGCAGUCCCAGUGAAGACACAAUUGUACUAAUCACCCAUGUAAAGUUACUCUGGUGUAUAAGUGAUUGCACUUUGAGCUGGAGUAGAGAAUGGUUGGUUAGUUUAAACCCAACACCUAUAAAAAAUCCAUCUUUCACCUUGCGUGGGUGAACUUUUACAUUCUAAAAUUAGGAAUAAAAUGUAUUUGCUAAAUAUCUGAUUUAUAAAAUAUUUAGAAAGUUAUGUAUAAUUUUUCAUGAAGUAUUGUUCAACUGGUCACGCAUAUCAAAGGUAUAUUAUAUAUUAAAUUACUGUGAAAUAUAUAAUGAUCUCAAAAGAAAUAUCGAAAUCCGAUGACUCAAGAGGCAGAGCCUCUGACUUAAAAAGCCUUUUCUGAUUAUGUUUUUUCAUUUUGCUGGUCAGUCUAUUGUAUUCCCUGUUUUAAGUGCAAUCAAUCAAUAAAAAAGCCAUAUUGAUUAA